UGAAGCUUGCUAAGAAGUUGGUGUGGAACGUCAAAUAGAACUGUACAUGGAUACAAGGUCUUGCUCUGCAAACAUUUUUAAGUGUUUCACUACGUGUGUUUGGUAGUUUCGGCGUGUAAGACAUACAGAAAAAGGACAAUGGUUUUCAAAAAAGACGGACUUAUUAAGGAUCUGUGGCCGAACAUUCGGUUGAUACAGAUGUCCGGUUUGUUCAUAUCUGAAUACUACGACGACUAUUCCGGAUUCGCUGUGCUGCUGAGGAAAAUCUACAGUUGGAUUACCACAAUACUGAUUUACUCACAGUAUUUGUUUAUUGUGAUGUUUAUGAUAACUAAAUCCUACAGUUCGGAUCAGUUGGCCGCCGGCGUGGUGACUACGUUGUUUUUCGCUCAUUCCAUGAUUAAAUACUUGUACUUUAGCUCGGGCACCAAGUCAUUUUACAGGACACUAGGCUGUUGGAACAACACUUCUCCGCAUCCGCUGUUUGCAGAAUCUUACUCCAGAUUUCACGCGAGGUCGUUGGCUCGAAUGCGUCAGCUGUUAGUUAUAGUUUCGGUGGUUACCGUGUUUUCCACCGUCAGUUGGACGAUGAUUACAUUUGUUGGCGAAAGCGUUUACGACGUUCCCAAUCCCGAAUCUUAUAACAAAACCAUGGCCGUACCAAUCCCCAGACUAAUGUUGAACUCGUGGUAUCCGUGGGACGCGUCUCACGGGAUAGGUUAUCUCGUGGCCUUUGUCUAUCAGUUCUAUUUUAUAUUCUUUACACUCAGUCACGCUAACUUGUUGGAAGUGUUGUUUUCGUCGUUUGUCAUACACGCCUGCGAGCAACUAAAACAUUUAAAGGAGAUCCUGAACCCAUUGAUCGAGUUAAGUGCAGCACUGGACACGGCUGCUCCUAACCCGACCGAUAUGUUUCGCGCUUCUUCCGCCAAAAAACAAUUAGCAAACACUAUUGAUGGCGACUACAAGGAGACGUAUAUAAACGAGACGACCGAAUACGGUUUGAAAAUAGGCUCUGGAUCGAACGGUAAAGGUCCCAACAAGUUAACGAGCAACCAAGAAGUGUUGGUAAGAUCAGCCAUUAAGUAUUGGGUCGAGAGGCACAAACAUGUUGUCAAAUAUGUUAGUUACAUAACCGAGUGUUACGGUUCGGCCCUUCUGAUGCACAUGUUAGUGAGUACCGUCAUACUCACUAUACUUGCAUACCAGGCGACACAGAUAAAAGGAGUGAGCGUAUUUGCACUUUCUACUAUUGGAUAUUUGUUGUACUCAUUUGGUCAUAUUUUCAUGUUUUGCAUACACGGCAACGAAUUAAUCGAAGAGAGUUCGUCGGUAAUGGAAGCGGCUUACAGUUGCCACUGGUACGACGGGUCCGAAGAGGCAAAGACCUUUGUGCAAAUCGUUUGCCAGCAAUGUCAAAAACCGUUAAUCGUGUCCGGAGCGAAGUUUUUCAACGUCUCGUUGGAUUUAUUCGCUUCGGUUCUGGGAGCUGUUGUUACAUACUUCAUGGUGUUGGUGCAGCUCAAAUAAAAAAAAACAUUGUAGUUAUAAUAACAAUAAUAAUGAUAAUUAAAACAAUGAAAAAUGUAACUUUUUUUUUAGUUUUUAGUUUCACGUUAUACUCGUGUUAGCUUACUACAUCAAUUUAUGUAACUUUGACUAUUUACACUCUUGUAUUGAGUUAGUAGAUAUAAAUCGUGUGUAAACGAAUAGUUCGUUGUGUCGAUACA